AAUCCCGAUCCGGCAGGAGAGACUCGAGAAAGAAAGGCACAGGACCGUUCACGAGAGAGCCCGUGUACGUGACCCACACCAAAUGCCGAUGUAGGACCAUACGGACGGCCCAGAUGUAACCGGACCAUCCAAAACAGAAACGGACUCUCCCAGAGAGAAUAUGCGCCCACCAAACGACCCAAAUCCCAGACGGAGUAAUUGGCAACCGAUUGAACUUUUCAGGUUCACUGUUUUCACUGGUACGCUACGAUAGUGGAUUCGAUUCUUUGAAUUCCUGGUGUUCUAUUUGUCCCUAAUUUUUGUGGAGUGCUUCUUUAAUUUGUUCACACAAUGGUCAACGGCAAUUGCUGUUGCUUCUCCAUCUUGGCUUCAAAAUUCACCGUCACUUUCGUCACGAUUAGCCUCACCUUGAUACUGAUUCGCGUGCUUUACGUCAUCUACCGGAGUGGCAAGCCUCUCCGAUCCAAAGCUCCGAGAGCUCUCAGAACACUCAUUGUCUUAGGCUCAGGGGGUCACACGGCGGAGAUGCUUAACCUGUUGUCGGUGUUGCAGAAGGAGAGGUAUAGCCCUAGAUUCUAUGUCGCCGCUGCGACCGAUAAUAUGAGCCUCCAAAAAGCUCGCGCGCUUGAGGAUUCCUUGGCUGAUGAGACUGGGGUCAAAGUGGAAGAAACUGCUCAGUUCAUGCAGAUCUAUCGAAGUAGGGAAGUUGGGCAAUCAUAUUUAACCUCUGUUUGGACAACUUUAAUUGCUACGGCUCAUGCACUCUGGAUAAUGUUUAAAAUCAGACCCCAAGUGAUUCUCUGCAAUGGGCCGGGGACUUGUGUUCCACUAUGUGCAAUUGCAUUCUUUUUCAAGCUAGUGGGGAUUAGAUGGUCAUCAAUUUUCUACGUUGAGAGUAUAGCAAGAGUGAGAAGACUUUCAUUAAGUGGGUUGCUUCUUUACAAGUUACGAAUGGCUGAUCAGUUCUUUGUGCAAUGGCCACAACUACUGAGACAAUAUCCACGGGCUCACUAUGUUGGUUGUCUCAUGUAGUUGAUAAGUUCAGCUGCUGACAUUGGUACUUUCACUUCAACCUCCAAGUUUUUGCAAUGCAGUCAACAUUGUCAAAGUGUAACUAUAGCACAAUUUUUUAUUUUUCCAAGUAGAGUUGCUCACGUGUUACUUUUUGUAAGUGUGAAAUUUAAGUUGUGCAUGGUGAAUCCCAGCCAUGCAGAAGAGAGAGAACUACUUAUCACUGUAAGUUUAGAUGAACCUGAGUUUUGAUAAAUUUAUGAUUUUGGUUUACAUAA